GCUACCUCUGGCUACCUCGUUCUCGUUACCUCCGUGAUUUCCUGUCUCAUGCGAACAAGUGUUUUCUCCUGUCUUUCUUCUAUUAAGUUGGUCAACUUGACGCCGUAGCCGUAGUUUCAUGGGCGACAGUUGAUUCGACGCGGUGUUGUUGUUAUGGCACUGUUUAGCAGCUAAAAUUGACAUUAAAUGCCGUGUACGCGCAUCUCUAGUUUUUUCCUGUGAUCUAGAGACUUAAGGACUCGCCACGGGACAGGAAAAUGACGUCCCCGGAGCAAGAGUCUUUGGCUCAGGUGAUCCAGCAAUGGAACAGCAACCGCCUCGACCUGUUCGCCCUUUCUCAACCUAAUGAGAAUUUAGAGUUCCACGGCGUGAUGCGGUUCUACUUCCAGGAUGCCGGCCAGAAGGUGGCCACCAAGUGCAUACGCGUGUCCUCCACGGCCACCACACAGGCCGUCAUAGAAACGCUCAUCGAAAAAUUCCGUCCUGACAUGAGAAUGCUUGAGGUACCUGAAUUUGCCCUCUACGAAAUCCAUGAAAACGGUGUUGAAAAGCGCCUGGAUGCUGAACAACGGCCACUCAUGGUGCAGCUAAAUUGGCAUAAAGAUGACCUCGAAGGUCGCUUUCUCCUUCGCAGACGCAACGAAGUUUCUGUUCAGCCAAGUUUUGAGGAAAGUUCCUUCAAGAGAAAACCGUCUGGGAAGAAAAGCAAGAAGCGUGACCAGGUCCAACAAAACAAGGACCAGAAUGCCAACGUUGCUGAAAAAUUGUACACCGAAUUGCCUGAAACGAGCUUCACCCGGUCAAUAUCAAAUCCAGAAGCGGUAAUGCGGAGACGGCGGCAGCAGAAACUGGAGCGAAAACUGCAGCAAUUCCGUAGCAAAGAUGGUGGACCUGACACUGGAGGCACACUGAAAAUUUAUGGAGAGUCCCUUUGCAAGGACGUGCCUUAUAAGACUUUGCUUUUGUCUGUCAAUGACAAUGCUCAGAUUGUUGUGAAGCAGAUGCUUGAAAAAUAUGGCCUAAUUCACGAGGAUCCUAAUAACUAUUGCCUAACUCAGGUGUUUAAGAAGAAUGAAGAUGUAAAAGAAAACAACAACCACCCUCCGAACAAUAUGGAAUAUAUUUUGGAAGAUGAUGACUGCCCUCUGGCGAUUUUAAUGAACUGCCCUCCAAGUAAAGGUUCGAUCAUGUUCCACAUCCGACGACGGCCGGCCGACAUGCAGACGCGGAAGCGCAAGAAGAAACUGCAGCAGACGGCCAGCAGCCACGCAAAAGAACAGCAGCCGGACGAAUCGGCGCCCUUCCUGCUGGAGCUCAGACACGUUUCAGAUAGCGCAUUUAACCAGCGUCACACUCUGAUGUACGAAGUGACUGAGGCCGGUUCGGAGCAGGGUUUGGGUUUGCAAGUGUUUGGGGCGGACGUGCAACCCCGGCACUGCGUGUUCGCCUCCAGCGGUGGCCUGGUCACAGUUACCCCGUGCAGCCGAGAGGCAGAAACAUAUGUAAACGAGCAACGAAUUUGGGAAACAACGAUUCUCCAGCACGGCUGCACCGUCCGCAUCGGACGGCACCACUUAUUCCGCUAUGUCGACCCAACGGCCGCUCCAUUGCGCCGCGAUUCUCCAGACAAAACGUUUGAGACAACUUUUGACGUGGCUGGGCAUGUGGAGACCACAGAGGCGGCAACUACUAAAGGUGACGCCAUCCUCCCGGCAGUCCUGGAGUUCAGGGAGGAAGUUAAAGACACGCUUUUGGAGGCGCUCAUUGGCUCACUUGACACAUCAUCAGUGCACUUCAAGUUGGCACCAACUUAUGCCCUUUACUUGGUCACCAGAUAUCGGGCCUCUACGCACUACCGUCCAGAUUUAACACCUACUGAGAGAGCUCAGAGACUAAGCAUACUUUUGGAGCAAGUUGCUAUGUUAAUUCAACAAGUCGUGACAGAUAGACCAAGUGAGGCUGAAUCUCUCACCUUCUGGAUGGCCAAUGCCAGCGAGCUGCUGCACUUUUUAAAAGCUGACCGACACAUUUCCGCUUUCACACUUGACGCCCAAGACAUUUUGGCAGAGACAGUUCACGGCGCAUUUAGCAACAUGGUGGCCAUUGUUGAGACCGAACUAGGAGCGAGCAUGCCUUCUUUCUGGCUUGACAGCGAUGACAACGAAAAUGCCGCCGCAGCUAUUAUUGUCACACUUAUGAGUGCGAUGGCUCUGAUGCGCCGCUGCAGGGUAAACGCCGCUCUUACCAUUCAGCUGUUCUCUCAGCUCUUCCACGUGCUGAACAUGUGGAUUUUCAACACUUUGGUUUGCGGCCCAGACAACCGCUUCUGCUGCCGCAGGUGGGGCAAUCGAAUCCAGCACCGCCUGCGCCAUGUUGAGCUGUGGGCCGAGAAGCAGGGCCUGGAGUUGGCCGCCGACUGCCACCUUUCGAGGGUGCUGCAAGCCGCCUACCUGCUGCAGGCGCCCAAAUACACAGCCGAUCAGCUCGCCACCCUUAGCUCCACCUGCUUUAAACUCAACUCGCUGCAACUGGCGGCUCUGCUGAAGCGCUACUGGCGCGCCCAGAAUGAACCAGAGGUGCCCCAAGAGUUGGUUGAAAACGUCGUGCGAGUUGCUGAGAGCGUCGCCGAUGAGCUUAUUAGGGCUGAUGGGCGAGAGGUGCGCCUGGAGGAGCAGCCAGAACUGCAGCUGCCGUUCCUUCUGCCAGAGGACGGCUACAGCUGCGACAUCGUGAAGGGCAUGCCAGUCGGCUUGAUUGAUCUCCUGAGCGCCCUGCAACAGGCCAACCUGUGUCGUUUCACGAUUCAGCCCCCAUCGCAGGGAGUCUGGACCGUUUACAUGGAGAAGCAACCUGGCAGGCACUGCCCACAACCAGAAAGAGCUGUAGUUCAGCUCAACAAGGCAGCCAGCGGACUUGGACUGAGCAUAGUUGCUGCUAAAGGAGCAGGUCUGGACAGGCUGGGCAUAUAUGUGAAAACGGUGGUCCCAGGAGGGGCAGCUGACGCUGAUGGCCGCCUCAAGGCUGGAGACCAACUGCUGAAAGUUGACGGACACUCCCUGGUCGGCAUAACCCAGGAGAGGGCGGCUGAGUUUUUGGUUAAAACUGGUCCAGUUGUUACCUUAGAAAUUGCCAAGCAAGGUGCUAUUUGCCAUGGAUUGGCCACACUCUUAAGUCAACCUUCACCGGACUUGGGCAGAAGCCCAAGUCAGCAAUCCGAGUCCAAUGAACCGAGGCGUCCACCAAUGCAGAGCUCGAAGUCAGUUCCAUCUUUAAACAGUGAUAAGCCUGGACCGCCAGUGGCCACUCAAAAAGCAAUACCGACAUCAGUGAGUUUCUCCCAUGAUGCUAUAGCGACAAACCAUCGAUCUAAUUCUAGCAACAGUAUUUUGGAUAGUCUGAGACAAAAUUGGCAGCGGGAGGAUCCUCGCGCGCCAGAGAUGCCGUAUCGAUCAGAACCACCCUACCGGCCAGAGAUGCAGCAGCGACCAGAAAUGUCGCGGCCGCCGCAUGAAAUGUCAAGAUCUCAAGAAAUGAUGCGGCAACACGAAAUGUCGAGGUCGCAGGAGAUGAUGCGGCAUCACGACAUGGGACGGCCGUCUGACCUGAUGAGAUCCCAGGACAUGUCAAAAUCGUCUGACAUGAUCAGAGCGCAAGAGAUGUACCGGUCUGCCGACCUGAUGAGGGCUCACGAAAUGGCCCGCUCAGCUGAAGUGUCCCGUCUGACAGACAUGUCAAGGUCGCAGGAGAUGCCGCGUCCGAUGGACCUGAUCAGGUCUCAGGAGAACAUGCGCCUCGCUGAACUGAGCCGCUCACAGGAAAUGUCUAGAGCCAUGGAGCGGUCGCAUGAGAUGUCUCGGUCGCUUGACAGACCGCAAGAACCGCAGAGGCCACCCUUGGAGCGAUCCCAGGAGAUGAAUAGGUCAAUGGAAAGGUCCCAUGAGAUUAACAGGUCGAUGGAACGGCCACAAGAGAUGAACAGGCCGAUGGAACGGCCACAAGAGAUGAACAGGCCGAUGGAACGGCCCCAAGAGAUGAACAGGCCGAUGGAACGGCCCCAAGAAAUGAACAGGCCGAUGGACAGGUCCCAUGAGAUGAACAGGCUGAUGGACAGGUCCCACGAGAUGAACAGGUCGAUGGACAGGUCAUACGAGAAUUCCAGACCGGUGGAGAGGCCCCAGGACGUGCCGCGGAUGCCUGAGAUGAUGCGUCCAGGCGACAUCAUGCGAGCUCAGUCUGAGAUAAUCAGAGGCCCUGACCAUCCUACCGGUCCGCCUCCUGCCGAGUCCAUGCCCAGGUCUGUCACGUUUGUUGAUGAGCCAAAGAGCCGCAGACACGAUGAAGUGCCGCGACGCGCCGUGUCCUUUUCCAUGGACCAGCCAGAGCCGCCAAGGAAGGAAUCGCCCUCUACGCCCACAUUGCCGCCGCCUCUUCCGUCCUCGUCGCCCCCGAGGGAGGUGGCAAUUCCUCCGCCCCCGGAGAGGAACUCAUCCUACGCUGUGAUGGCACAGCAAGGCCACUUGCCAGCUGACUACAAAGAGGAGUCUCCUCACAGGUCCUCCUACUACGACACGGACUCAAGUGAUUUGUACCAGAACGAAGAUCCAAGUAGUUUCAUCAAUGAGGCUGAAAUGCUUUUGAUGCAUCCAUCUAGCGCCGACAUUUCUGCAGCAGGCAACACGCCAGGCGUCAUUGGUGCACAGGAAGUUUACAAUGAUCCGCGCAUCCAGCGUCUGGCAGCGCAGCAACAGCAGAAGCAGAUGGCUAGUCGGCCCGUCCCGGAAAAGUUGUCGUUUAAGGAGAAAAUGAAGAUGUUCGCCAUGGAGAGUGGCGAGUACGCGCCGUUCAAAAACAGGGUUAGCAACUCCCGGGCUCAGCGAGACAUCGAAGGCCCCCAGGUGCCGUGACAUUCCAAUUAGUUUGAUAGACAGUUUGAAUCUAUUUUGAUAAAACUAUUAUACAUUAUGUAACCAACGAUGAAGUAUUCCAUGGUGAUCGAGCAUAUCAAAAGUUUGAGACUUUUAAGAGAGAGAGAGAGAGAGAGAAUGGAGAUAUUUUGUAAAGUACGUAUAGUAUUGGGCAGGUAUUGGGAGCAACUUAUGUCGAGAAUUUGGAACCAGGCAACACCAAUCACUCGGUUGAGAUAUAUAUCUACAUAUACUUAACAAAUAAAUAAACAAUCUGCAGUUUAUUUAGCAAUAAUA